GCGUUGAGCAAACGCAUCAGAAAUCCUCUCCCCUCAUCGUUCCCUCUUAACUCUCCUUUCUUUCCCUCGCUCUCAGCCUCUCUCUCUUUCUCUUUCGACCCAGUUUUUGCCGCCCUUUCUCCCUUGUUGGACAAACUGUUCCCAAAAUUUGUGUGAAAGUAUGUGCACGAGAGAUUUACCUUGCAGCAGUCAGAUGAUUGGUUUAGUAGGCCAUGCAAGACUUCUUGAUGGCGUUGCUUUAGUUGAUGCUCCAUCCUCCAGCAGCCUUCAAUACAGAGAAUAUGUUUCCCCCAGGGAAAUAGAAUCUCAAAGAAGUUGGAGAACUAGAUCAAGCACCACCACUAAUAUGGAUCAUGUUAUGACACAUAAUGAUAACCAUCUUUUUGAAGGAAACCAUAUGGCUCGGUCCUUUCAGCAGCAAGCCAUGAUUGAUGAACGUACGUUGAUUUGGAACGAGUCAUCUGCUCAUCCUUAUGUGCAUGGCAGUGGUGCUGGUGGUCCUUGGGAGACUGGGCAUAGAAGUUCCAUGACCUUUUUGCAUUAUACUCCUCACAACAUUCAGCACCAUAGCCAUCAUUAUCCAUCAUCAGUUAUUCAAGGACCAACAGACCGCAUCCACAAUCCCAACAUGCAUCAAGUACCAGGUUCACAGAACACAAUGAAUCCUUUUCAUGCUGGUUUAGAGAUGCGGCCUAGGCAUCUGCUAUCUAUGUUACCUCAUCGACCUAGGAUUUACCACUCUCGUCGAGAGGGUCAUGUACUAGAAGCAUCUCGAAGACAUGGCAACCCUACUCGCCAUAUAUUUCAGAGACAUGGCAACCCUACUCGCCAUAUAUUUCAAAGAUAUGGCAACCUUCCUAGCCGGAGGUUUCUACCACCAGAGGAAGUUGCUGUGCAAGAGCUGCCAGGAGAUAUGCACUUGGGUGUAGAGGAUGCUUCUUAUGAGGAAUUGCUUGCACUUGGGGAGCAAAUUGGUAAUGUUAACACUGGGUUGUCAGAAAAAAUCAUAACAAGUAAGUUGAAGACCAGAAAGUAUGUACUGUCAGCAACAAAUAUUCAUCUGAAAGAGAGUGCUGCUCCCGGCCAGGAAACUGAUGUCUGCUGUAUAUGCCAGGAAGAAUAUAGGAACCAAGAGAACAUUGGUACUCUUAGUUGCAGACAUGAGUAUCAUGCAGACUGUAUAAACAACUGGCUACUUUUGAAGAACGAAUGCCCCAUGUGCAGAUCUAGAGGACUAACCCUGGACUAAAGCUCACAGUAUUUAGCUGUUAUUUCUGUACAUGAGCUAGCCUUUACGUUUAGAUGGCAUGAUAGUCACCUAUCAGUUGGCCUUGUAUUUAUAACAAUGAUUUUUGAGUUUAUCCCAUAUAAAAUUCAGUAAGAUGG